ACAAUAGACCCUAGGAUCUUUCCCGUCAUCCCAUUCCGCGUUGCGUUGCCAGCCUUUUCUUCCUUGGGAUAUGAUCCAAUCCACCUCGACUUCAUCCCCAACCCAACCAGCGAGCAUCCUCGCAAUUCCACCGAAUCCACCCAUUCCCCUGUCCCCUGGACGCGUCCAACCACCGCAGGGACGUGCGUCCGCAUGCCCGAAUCCAGCCAUAGCGAGUGCUCGAUCCAGUUUAGAUCGAGGUUGCUACAUCCUCUCGCGUCCGAGCAUUGGAACACGGGCAGCUCGUCCUCUCCUGCAGCUCAGCACCACCGGCGACCAACCCAGGUGCAGGUAGCCACUUUGAAGUCUGUGGGCGCUCCCGAGCUCGCCAGCCGCGCCGGAUGCCGAGCCGCCGUUGUGUCCGCACCUCGCCACCCGACCGAUCACCGGAGAGCCGUCGCGCAGCGGACCCCCUGGCCUCACCAUGUUCUGCACCGCCGGCCCCGAGCACCAUGGCGGCUCCGAGCCGCAACUCCUCCGUCAGUUCGCCCCUGCAGGCCGGCCCCAGCCUCGUCCCACGUGCCACCGCUCGCCGGAGCAAACCAUCGGCUGCAGCAGCGCCAUUGCAGCCCGGAGCUUGUGGUUGUUCUCCCUCAUAUCUUCAGACCUCGCCGUUGACCAGCCCAAGCACUAGAUGCGCGCCACGCCGCCGCCCCUCCCUCGGAUCCGAGGGAACCUCACCAAUGAACGUGCCCAGCCACAGUAAUGGAGGCACUUGUCUCCAUUCUUUUGUUCUUGUUGAUUCAGUCUCGCGUUUGCAUGUUGUUUCAUCUUCGAAAGUUCUCAUUUGCAUCACAAGUUGUAGCACAGCGUAGUGGGUUGCACUCCUUGUUGCUACCCGGGCGACCACGGGUCGAAUCAACGCGACUGCGUUUUAUUUUCCA